AUAAUAAGGUACAUUCACAGAAGUCUCAUUUACAUCUCUAUCCUCUCCAUCCCACAAAGGGAACCAUUUUUAGAAGACUGAAGUUUAUUCUUCUACUGUUUAACUUUUAAACAUAAGCAAUUAAUGUUCCUUUAUAUCAUCCUGCUACUGGGUGAUAUAAACACUACUACGCACCUCACUUAUUUCACUUAAAACUAUAUAUGGACAUCUCUCCAGAUUGGCAUGUUUAUUAGGUAUGUAAGAAGUCUUCCACAUAUCUUUGUAUGGUUGCUUACAUACUCUCUUGUGCCUGUACUAUAAUUUAUUCAGCCAGUUCUUUGACAUGUGAGCAGUUUCCAAUGUUUUACUAUGAAAGUGCCAUAAUGAAUAACUUGUGCAUACAGCUUUUUGUAUUUUUGUCAAUAUUUAUCACUAGGAUUGAUUCCUAGAAGUUCAGGAUUUGACCUAGGAUUCCUGGGUGAAAUAGUACAUAGAUACAUAGAGUGGCUAUGUGUUGCCAGAUUUUCUUAAUGAGUUACAUCAUUUUGCCUUCCCAUAAGCAAUGUAGGACAAUGCCACCCUUGGGUGUAUCUUAGUACCAUAACAGAUAGAGGAGGCUUCAGAGAUGAAUCAUAGACAAGGUUCCUGUCCCAAGGAAUUCUCAGUCUAGUAGAAGUCCUAUGGGCAAACAAACAAUGAUGUAAAUGUAAUAAGCCAGGGAAGAUUUACCCUGGAGCUAAUGAAGCUUAAGCUUGAGGCGCUCCCUUACACAGACACUUCCCAAGGCCCCAACGGUGUGUUCAUGGGGUCAAUCUGCAAUCUUUUUCCUAAAGAAAACACCCCCAAUUUUUUAAGCUUCAGGCUGUAUAGGACCUGAACCCAUUACAAUCUUUAGUCAGCCUGUCUUUGGGGUUACAGAGUUGGAUUUCAAGUCUCAGUUCUGCGGUCAGAGGAGGGAUUCCUAUAUUUAAUGACUGAGACAAACAAAAGGAAAAGGCUCUUCUAACCAAAAGAGAUACUCCUCUCCGGAUUCAGAUGGAUUACCCACACAGGUAUUAAGACCAUCUAUAGCUUCUCUCUAAUUUCAAGAGCAGAAACUAAGCCUUGGCGGGCGUCAGUAUCCCCAGCAGAGAGCUGAAGACUGGGGGAUGGCACUCAGAACAAAAGUCUGAACGGAUUAUAGAGCAGGGUGCUGUCGGGUUUUUGGCAGAGGAGUUGUACUAGGAGAGUAAGUAUUCAAGGCAGGUACACACACACACCCCAAACUACACAACUUUUGCACAAAUAAGGCAGAGGUCUGUUUUCUCACCUGUAAAAACAAGGUUAGCAAUAAAGCCUAUACCCUUUGGGAUUUGGUCAGGAUUAGAAAAGCUAAUUUAAACACCUAACCCAGGCUCAGACUCUGAGGAGAAGGUCCAUAAAUAGAGGACUGCAAAUAAACUGGGUAAGUGGUUGAUCCUCGAGAGCCCCAACAGGGAUUCUUUGCACAUCGUGCUUACUGCAGCAAUGGGAGCAGGAACCGCUUUGUUGACAAAUAGUAGCUGCAGAAUAAAUUGGUGAAGAAGGGACGGACGUUUCUGGCGGAUGCUUACUGAUCCGUGCAACUAACUGAAUAAUGGGCUGGUCCGAGUCUCUGAGUCACUGACAGUCCCGGGCUGGCUGUCAGGCGACUGAAUGCCGGAAUCUGACACACCGCUGUCCGUCUCGCCCCAAGAGAAGGGCUGCCUUCGCGGUCCAUCCCGGCCCCGGCCGCCUCGGACCUCGCGCGGGCUGGAUCCCGACUCCCCGCUGGGGCCACCGCCCCGCAGGGACUGCGCGGGCGGCAGCGGCCAGGUGCGAGAGCCGCCGCGCCUUCCUCCCGGCGCCGGGCAGGGCGCCCCCGACUCCCGGCCGCGGCGGCCCAGGAACAAUGAGGUGCCGGCUUCUUUAAGGGAGAUACCACCGCGCCGGCGGGGCAGGGGACGGCGUCCUCCCAGAUGAUCGCACCCAGUCCCGCGCCGACGCCGCCUGGGCAACUGCACCGUCCGCAAACAUGGCUCAGUGACUCUGACAAAAGGUGCAGCCUCCCACCCGGCUGGGCGGACGCCAGGCCCCCCAGCUCGGACCGCGCCUCCCGCGGACUAGCCGAAAAGCUCCGCGUCCCGCAGGCACCCCAAGCCCGAUCGGAAGAAGAUGCAUCAGGCGUUCCGCCCCAGCGACCCCCGCACACCUGCCCGCAGCUCGAAACUUUGACCUUGAAGAUGGUGAGUAGCCAGCCAAAGUACGAUCUAAUACGGGAGGUAGGCCGAGGCAGUUACGGUGUUGUGUAUGAAGCAGUCAUCAGAAAGACCUCUGCACGGGUGGCGGUGAAGAAAAUUCGAUGCCAUGCACCUGAAAAUGUUGAACUAGCCCUGCGUGAGUUCUGGGCACUAAGCAGUAUCAAGAGCCAACAUCCAAAUGUGAUUCACUUGGAGGAAUGCAUCCUACAAAAAGAUGGGAUGGUGCAAAAAAUGUCCCACGGCUCUAAUUCUUCCCUUUAUUUACAGCUUGUAGAGACUUCAUUAAAAGGAGAAAUUGCCUUUGAUCCCAGAAGCGCCUAUUACUUGUGGUUUGUGAUGGAUUUUUGUGACGGUGGAGAUAUGAAUGAGUAUCUAUUGUCCAGGAAACCCAAUCGUAAAACUAACACCAGCUUUAUGCUUCAACUGAGCAGUGCUCUGGCUUUCUUGCAUAAAAACCAGAUCAUCCACCGAGAUCUUAAGCCUGAUAACAUCCUGAUUUCACAAAGCAGGUUGGAUACCAGUGACUUGGAACCCACACUAAAAGUGGCUGAUUUUGGUCUCAGUAAAGUUUGUUCAGCCUCUGGGCAGAAUCCAGAAGAACCUGUCAGUGUAAACAAGUGUUUCCUUUCCACAGCCUGUGGAACAGAUUUCUACAUGGCUCCUGAAGUGUGGGAGGGACAUUACACAGCAAAAGCUGACAUCUUCGCUCUGGGAAUUAUCAUCUGGGCAAUGCUGGAAAGGAUCACAUUCAUAGACACAGAGACAAAGAAGGAACUCCUGGGGAGUUAUGUAAAACAAGGAACUGAGAUUGUGCCUGUUGGAGAGGCGCUUCUGGAAAAUCCCAAAAUGGAACUUCUCAUUCCUGUGAAGAAAAAGUCUAUGAAUGGGCGGAUGAAACAACUGAUUAAAGAAAUGCUGGCUGCAAACCCUCAGGAUCGUCCAGAUGCUUUUGAACUAGAACUCAGAUUAGUACAAAUUGCAUUUAAAGAUAGCAGCUGGGAAACGUGACACAUACAUUGUUUGCAAAUAUCUUGGAUGAUAUGCUGCUUAUGUUUUAACAGUGAUGCAACAACAUAAUGUGGCUGAAAAGAAUAUAAAAAGCUAAACUCCACCUUUUAAGGGUUUAGAUUUUAUUGUGGGAUGUUUUUUUUCCUCGUUUUUCUUAAGUCCAAGCUGGCCAUUUUGUUAGUAUGUUUUAAAUGUGUAUUACCAAUGUGGGUGUACAUUUUUAAAAAUGAUCAUUGGUAGAAGUUUGGCAGGAAAAUUCUCUUAAGAGCCAAGAAGAGAAGAAAGUCCAGUUCUCUGGAAAUAAGUCUCAAGUAUUUUAGACAUUCCUUGUCAGUAUUAGGAAUUUCCAUGGAAGAAGAGGUUUGCAUGCUGGCAAUGCAACCUUUGAAGCUUUGUAAAGGAAACAUAUAUGUAUAUAUUUAUGUAUAUGUAAGUAUGUGAAUGUGUGCAUUUUGCAUUCCAUAUGAAGAAAAUGCCACUUCUGUUUAAAUUAUUUGAUGUAGGUUUGGGUUUUUGAGAUUUGCUGGUGAAAUCAGUGAUGAAAAAUAAAAGAACCUUCUCUCAUCUUCCUCCCCUGCCCCUCCCUCUAAUGAAAUCAUACUACACUUUUUAUUUUUGUAAUAUUAUACGGCUUUUUUUAAGGCAUCAUUUUGGAGGGUCUAAAGUUAUCCGAUUAAGCAUAAAAUUAAGUGAUCCAAAGCUGCUGAAGUAUGUUUGAGCUCUCCAGUGCCCUAUAGCUGCAGGAGUUGAAGUAGCCAUGCAAUCAUGUGGUAGCAGGUUGGAAAGGACCUUGAUGAUUCAGUCGUACCUUCUUUAGGUAACCAAGCAUUCAAUUAACCAAUUAAACCAUUGCACUGGAACAUGUCUGCACUUGAGCAUCUGCAAUCUGGUACAAAUCUGAACACAGGAUUCCUCUGUUUCUGAAAACUUUGCAAUAUAUGAACUCUACUACUUGAUAUAGUAAGUUUUGAUUUCAAGACUGUCUAAGCCUCAGCAUAAAGUUGAAGAAAUCAAAUGAGCUCUACCCUCACAUUGCCUGUCCUGAUAUGGUCUCUUGUUUAAUCACUGGAAUUCCUUUCGUUUUGGCACUAAUGCUGUUUUCUCUUGCCUAAUUUAACACAGUAAUGAUAGUGAUAUGGUUGUGUUAAAUGUUGAUCACCUUUUUCUGAAGUGGGAGAUGAUACCUAUACAGCGUGGUAAAUGGAUGAAAUACUGCGGCAUCCUCUAUAUCUUUCAAGUAGAAACUUGCAAGUUACCGAUUUUAUACAAUCACUUGGUAUGGUCUAUGUCAAAAACCAAUAGACUGUUACUCUAAUUGAAGUUAGUUUGAUUUUUAACCCUAGAUGGUUGUCUCCAAUUUGUUUUCCUAUAAGUGCAGAUAAUUAAAAUCUAAGAAAGUUUUGCUGAAACAGAAUAUUAGCCUUUAAGGUUAGAUAGACUUUAAGGCCAUUGUAUCUAGGUUAGUCUU